AUGAAAAUUGUGCGACGACUGAGAAUCUAAUGAAUUUUUCAGGGAUGAAAAAUAUUGAUUUUCCACCCUCAACAGAGCUUAUACCAGAUGAAUAUGAUGUGGAACUGGAUGGAAGGGAGUGUGUACAUAUUUUCACACGGACUGACGAACUUCUUGAAAAAUGUGUUGUGUUUCUAAAAUCACUCAAUAUAAAAUUACCAGAAACAAACAAACAUAAAAUGGAUACUACAGAAAAUGUUCUGCGAACCUUGAAUACGGUGUCGAAAACAUCCCAGAAGGAUAAGAGUCUACUGCUACUGAUAUUUUGGGGUGUAGAGGUAGAAGGACAGUUCAUUAUGGAUGGAGAUGCCCCAUUACCAUUUUAUAAAAUAUGGAGUACCUUCUGCAAUGGACACUGGAGGAAUACACCAAAACUUUUUCUUUUGAAUGUUGUGAUGUAUAAAUCCCAGAUACAGCGAGAUGGAGGUACUCUUUACAAACCAACAGAAUUUGAAACACCAAAUGAAGGGGAUGUGCUUAUAAUAUUUAAAAGAAAUGGAGAUAUCGAAGAAAGUAAACAAUUCAUGGAAGGUUUGAGAAGAACACUUGAUAAAUAUGGAACAAAAGAAGAUUUCUCCUCAAUUGUGACUGCCGUAGAGGAAUCCAAAUCAAACAAAUCCUUCAGGCCUCUCAUAGUGUCAACCUUGCUGAAAAAAUUAUUCUUAAUUCCAAGUGAAUAUAGGGGACACCACCUCGCAUUCAGUAUAAGUGAACAGGAUGUGUGGGAAGAAAUGAGAAAAAUUGAGAUAUCAAUAGACAAGAAUCAAUUAUACAGGAUUAAAACAGAUUCAGCAAUAGGAAACAACAUGACUUAUGGAAAUGGUGAUCAAGCUGAAAUUGGGUGUCGUAGAAGUUCACAAGCAAACUCUUUGCCUGAUCAUUCAGCUCCACGGACGUCGAUUGAUAAAAUCAACCGAUCGAUUUCAUCCAAUCAAAGAAGAAAGUCCAGCGGAGUAAAGAAAGAACCUUGGCACUUUUCUUGAAUGAUAUAUCUCUAGUCAGUAUUCAUCUUAUUAUUCUUAUUCAACGUAUGG